AUGGAGCUGAUCAGAUUAAGGGACCUGUUAGAGAAUCUUAUUAAGAAUGGAAGAGAAAAUUUAGAGAAAUCCAAAGAGAAGUUUAAAGAAUCUAAAUAACAGCUGUAAUAAGUAUAAAGAAAUAACUAUUAUUAGGAACUCAAAUUUGAAAAAAUUGCUCAAUUACUUAAGGAACUUUAAUUAAAAUCAUAUGAAGAUAAAAGUGUGCAGGAUUAAAUUUUAUAAAAAUUGUUGAAAUCAAAAUACAAAUAAAUGAAGAUUUACUGA